UUCAUGGCUUCCCCUUCCCAGCAAAUGCUUCAGUCUACCUCAUUAUUUGUCCUUAUAUUUUGCACAUGCAUAUUUCUUCGAGUUGAGUGCGCCACCUUGAGUAUCCUCACAGAUAAGGAAGCCUUGAUCUCAUUCAAGUCUGGAAUAAGUCUAGAGGCUCCCACCCUUUUGUCUUCUUGGGAUCAAAACAGCUCAUCCCCAUGCAAUUGGACUGGAGUUGUGUGCAAUAAGUACUCUGGCCUGCCUGGCCAGAGAGUGGUUGGCCUUGAUCUUUCAGAUUUUGGACUUGAAGGGUCCAUUAGCCCUCAUAUUGGCAACCUCUCCUUCCUACGUUCCCUUCAACUUGGACAAAACCAAUUCACAGGUAUGCUUCCUGAUCAAAUUGGCAAUCUUUUCCGUUUGAGAGUUCUUAACUUGAGCUCCAACAGGCUAGAAUGUGUGCUACCCUCAAAUUUAAGCCGAUUGACUGAGCUCCAAGUCCUCGACUUGUCUGAAAACAAGAAUAUCACAGGAAGAAUUCCUGAAGAGUUUAGCUACUUGACAAAGCUGGAAGUGUUGAAGUUGGCAAAAAACCAUCUCUAUGGUGCAAUUCCACCAGUCAUAGGUAACCUUUCUUCGCUCACCAACUUAAACUUAGGCACCAACACUCUUAGUGGUGCAAUACCUAGUGACUUAGGCCACCUUCAAAAUUUGAAGGAACUCGAUCUUACCAUUAACAAUUUUUCUGGCACCAUUCCUCCGUCAAUAUACAACAUGUCCUCCCUAGUUUCUUUGGCCGUAGCUUCAAACGACUUAUUGGGUGAAAUUCCUGGAGAUAUUGGGAUUAAACUCCCAAAUCUUUUAGUUUUCAACUUCUGCAUUAAUAAGUUUAUAGGCAAAAUUCCAUGGUCUUUGCACAAUCUAACCAAUAUAAAAGUCAUACGCAUGGCACACAACCGUUUGGAAGGAACAGUACCACCAGGCCUAGGAAAUCUCCCAUUCCUUGAUAUGUACAAUAUUGGUUAUAAUAAUAUUGUUAGUGAGGAUGGUCUUAGUUUCAUUACUUCUUUGAAAAACAGCACUCGUCUCAACUUCCUCGCAAUUGAUGGCAACCAUUUUGAGGGUGUGAUUCCAGAAUCAAUAGGCAAUCUUUCAAAGGUUCUCUCAAAGUUGUACAUGGGAGAAAAUAGUUUUCAAGGUAACAUACCCACCUCUAUCAGUCAUCUUAGUGGCCUGACUUUGCUAAAUGUGAGCUUCAAUUCACUUUCUGGUGAAAUCCCAACUGAAAUUGGCCAUUUGAAGGAAUUGCAAAUGUUAGGUUUGGCAAGAAAUCGAUUAUCCAAUAGUAUUCCAAAUUCCCUAGGUAAUCUCCAAAAGCUAAACCAAAUUGAUUUAUCAGGGAAUAGUUUGGUGGGUAAUAUACCUACUACUUUUGGAAACUUUCAGAAACUUCUUUCCAUGGACUUAUCUAACAACAAGUUUAAUGGGAACUUAACUAGAGAAAUUUUCAAUCUCCCUAGUUUGAGCACCGUUUUCAACCUGUCAAAGAACUUUUUAAGUGGACCUUUGCCUGAAGAAGUUUCUCUUCUAGAAAAUGUUGUUACCAUUGACCUUUCUGACAACCUUUUUUCUGGUAAUAUCCCCAGCUCAAUCAGAAAAUGUAAGAGCUUGCAGAAAUUAUUGUUGGCCAAGAAUUUACUUUCAGGUCCUAUUCCUAGUACUUUAGAAGACGUGAAAGGCCUUGACACCCUAGAUCUCUCUUCCAACCAACUUUCUGGCUCCAUUCCUGUUGAACUCCAAAACCUUCAAGCCCUUCAAUCCUUGAAUCUAUCUUUCAAUAAUUUGGAAGGGGUAGUCCCCAUAAGUGGGGUUUUUGGAAACCCCUCUAAAGUCCAUUUGGAAGGCAACCCAAAGCUUUGUUUGCAGUUGGCAUGUGUCAAAACUAGUAAGGGAAGGAAGGUAGCCAAACUUGUUGGUAUUACCAGUGUCCUGGUAUCAAUAGCCCUUUGCUUUAUUCUUGGCUCACUAUUCUACUUAAAGAGAAGUAAAUCAAAGAUUACAGGAACUUCUGAAUCGGUGAAAGGACAACAUCAAAUGGUCUCAUACAAUGACCUUCGUCAAGCAACUGGAAACUUCAACCAAGAAAACUUUCUUGGAAACGGGAGCUUUGGGUCUGUAUAUAAAGGCUAUCUAAGGCAAGGAAUUGCUGUGGCAGUUAAGGUCCUUGACACUAAGAGGACAAGCUCUUGGAAGAGUUUUCUUGCAGAGUGUGAGGCUCUGAGGAAUGCUAGGCACCGGAACCUUGUUAAGCUGAUCACAUCAUGCUCUAGCAUAGACUUCAAGAACAUGGAAUUUCUGGCUCUGGUUUAUGAAUAUCUGAGUAAUGGCAGCUUAGAAGACUGGGUCAAUGGCAAGAGGAAGAAUGCGAAUGGGGAUGUGUUGAAUGUUGUGGAGAGAUUGAAUGUGGCCAUUGAUGUUGCUUGUGGAUUGGAUUACCUGCACCAUGACUGUGAAGUUCCAGUGGUGCAUUGUGAUUUGAAACCCAGCAACAUUCUUUUGGGUGAAGACAUGACUGCCAAGGUUGGAGACUUUGGGCUGGCAAGGUUGCUGAUGCAAAGAACAAACGUUCAACAUUCUAUUAGCUGUACAAAUGUUCUAAAGGGUUCCAUAGGAUACAUACCUCCAGAGUACGGCAUGGGAGAGAAGCCAUCAACCGCUGGAGAUGUAUACAGUUUUGGUGUAAUGCUGCUAGAGCUCUUUACCGGGAAAAGACCAACACAUGAGAGCUUCAUUGGAGACCUAAGCCUAAUCAGAUGGGUGCAAUCAGCUUUCCCUGCCAACAUAAUGCAAGUACUCGACCCUAAGAUGCUACAACUUUUGAGCAGCCUUUACUAUAAUGACAAACCCAUAAGCCUUGAUGUUCAACAUGAUUGCCUGAUCACAACCCUCGGGGUUGGGCUAUCUUGCACAGUUGAAUCUUCUGAUGCCCGCAUUAGCAUUAGGAGUGCUCUACACAAAUUGAAGUCUACAAGAGACACCCUUCUUAAACCAGUACCCAUUAGGAAUAAUAUUUGUUAGAAAUGGAUCUGUUAAUGAGUAUCUAUGUAAUAAGAUCUUGUUCUGGACUACAAUAUGCAGAAUUUUAGAUCCUUGUUGUUCUCUAUAAUUUUCUUUAUCUUCAGCAGUGUUCUCAUUGUUAGAUAUUCGAAAUAUACUUUAUCUUUUCAUGGCAUGUGUGA